ACUUCCUCAUUAGGUUGCUGUGUAUCGGUGAGACAGUCAUGAAGGACAGCGGCAGAGAGGACUCGGUUUCCCGCCACGAAGUGUUUGAGGACUACGUGAACUUCUUCUUCCAGCAGUGUCCGGAGGUGGGGCCGUGCCGGGACCCCCCGCUGCUGAGGAGGGUGGCCCGGUACCUGCAGACAGGAGAACCGGGAGAGACGUUCCCCCUGCUUCCGGUGCACCGGGCCGUGCUGCAGGGCUGUGCUGCCCCGAGUUCUGACUGCAGGAAACACCUGUCUGCCGUCAGCAAGGCCGCCGAGCUGCUGGAGACCCUCUGCGUCAACCUGUUCCUGCAGCCCUGGAAGAAAGAGAUCAGGACUCUCAAGACUUAUACAGGUCCGUUCGUCUACCAUCUCCUGCCAGUGCUCAGCAGCUCCACCAUCCAGUCUGUCCUGGCCUCCAUCGGCUACCUGCCCCACACUGACACUGCUCUGAGUGAAUACAGACUGAGUGAGGAGGCGGACCCUCAGAGGGCCCAGCUGCUGGGCUUCCAGCUGCUGCUGGCCAGGGUGGAGUGUUCCAACCUGCUGGAGCUCCUGGAGAGGCUGGGACCACAGGAGUGGCUGGAUGUUCUCCAGAGGAAAGCAGGGCCGAAGACCCUGGAAGAGAACACAGAAGAGAACACAACUAAAGGUCAAAGGGAAGAAGAGGAGGAGGAGAUAAAGAAGGAAGAGGAGGCCGAUAGGAGAGAGGUUCCUCAGAGUUUAGACAGCCGGCUAGAGUUCAAGCCACAGCCCAAGCCCCACCGCAGCCACCUCACCAGUGUGGAUCAGUCCAUCCUGGAGAUGCACAAGUCUUACCCUGACCUGUCCAUCAAGGGCCGCCGCCUGGUGCCGCACAGGGCCCCCAGAGAGGACAGCAGAGGGAGAGAGGGUCCUCCGGGCAGCACCGACACUCACUGUGAUGAGGCUGGAGCUGAUGGAGGCACCACAGCUGCUGCUCCCUCUGUUCACAGGACGGAGGAUGGCCUCACAGCUGAGGGAGUGAUGGGUGAGGAAAGCAGAGGCAGUGGCUGUUCUGACAGGAUCAGUGGAGGGAGCGCCCCCCCAGGAGACCCCCUCAGCAGCAGUACCACUGAUGGAGGCAGAGGGGAAGAUGAGCUCAGUGGUCCUAAAGGGGAGCAGAGCCUGAAGCCCGGAGACCCUCAGCCCACAGCAGAGCACUCUGCAGCAGACCUUCAGAAUAAGACCGCCGCCCCCCCGAAGCUGUCCUCUCUGAGCUCCCUGGAAGAGAGUCAGUUGCUCAAAGGGCUCAGAGAGAGGAUGGGCCAGCUCAGUGUGCAGGAGACCAGUGAGGAAGGGAAGGGAAGACAUCACAAAAGAGAAGAGGACAACACCAAAAAAGAGAGGAAGGCCAGCGCAGAGGGGGGGGGCGAGGAGCAGACCCUCAGGACCCCUCUGAUGGAGCCGGGUCCAGCCCCCUGCCCCCCUGCCUCCUCUCAGCUCCGUCCUGUGGAGAAGAGGGAGCACCCCCCGCUGAGCAGCAGGACAGCAGACUGCCAGGCAGCGUUUCUGAGCGGUGUCUCUGAUGGGAGGGAGAGACACUCCGAUGAUCUUCUCUGCUGUCCUGACCACUCUCUGCAGAGACUUCCAGUCUUUGGCGUUGCAGUCUCUCGACCAGAUGGAGAUGGGCUGGUCAGCACGCUCUCUAUGGUUCCUCUGUAGAACGUGGUGAGGAUGGGAGGGGUGAGCUGUGCUCUUCUCAACCUGCGCAGGAAGUGCUCUAGCAGUUCAGGGGCCACAAGAACAGACACAUCUGACCUCAAGUGGACCAGCAAAGUCCUAUCAUAAUAACCUAAAACCACAACUCCUUCCCUAUCUGUGCACAAAAGUACAUUCCGAAAAUGUUUUUUAAUCCACUAUCUUUUUUCAAAACAUUAUGAACAACCUGACAUUUCUUAAGAUAAAUAAGUACAAUUUCAACAAUUGAAUGCCUCAGUUUAUAAUUGACACAUGUGCAUUACAACUUACACAUCACAGACAGUAUCUAGUGAACUCUGAACUGACACACCACCAUACAAACUGGGGACACGUUUUACCCCCGCCUUGUAAAUGUAUAAAUACAAAAUACCUAAAAGUUGAGAAAAUUGCUAAUCUUAUUUUCAAACUUUGCAAAGUCAUCCCGCUGGCCGUAUGUCUGACACCCCUGCUCUCACUUCACAAGAAAUCAAAUGCUCUUAAGGUUGAUUUACAUGGAAAUCAAUACUCAGCCAUUCCAAUAUCCACCAAGAUUGACCUGUACAUAUUUCAAAUGGAAACUGAGAGCCUUUUCAACUUGAAAUGAUCUGGCUCAGUAGAAAGAAUGUGUUUUACCACCCUUCUUCUUUGCCUUUUGUUUGUUGUCUCCUGGCAAAAUGCACUCUGGUAAGCAGUGAUGAUGUAGUGUAAAUGUUUAGGGCUUUUAUUGUGAAAGGUAACAAUGGAAUGUGCUGCUGUUUACAAUGCAGGAGCCAUUAAGAGUGUGCCAUCUUUGUUCAGACUACAGACCUACAGUGUCUGAAAACGUAAGCAUUCUUUUUCGUACUUAAAUGCAGCCUCAUCUCCUGUGGGGACAGGAUAGCAGAGUGGAAGAGAGGCUGCAAAGAUGGUGUCAACAUCCUAUAGACAUUACAUUGUACAAAACUAUUUUCCUCAGAGUGAUCAGUUAGAUGUGUUUGCCUAUUGUCACUUUCAAAGAAUGAGAUUGAAUAACAAAUGCAAAAACCCCAUGUAUGCAUACUCAGUCAGUUCUGCUGUGACUCAGGAGUGUCUGCAGCUGCUCUGCAUGUAACAAGCAGGACACACGUGUUGAGUCUCUCCAGAUACAUAUUCAGUGAAACCACAUAUAAAUAAAUAAAAAGAUAAAUAAAUCCUGUUUAUUAUGUACAAUAAUAUUGCAUUUAAUUAAUUGUUUCUGUCAGGAUUAUCAAAGACCCCCAUCACCCCAGCCACAAACUGUUCUGUCUGCUGCCGCCUGGCAGGCGGUGCCGCAGCAUCCGGACUAAAGCCACCAGACUCAGGGACAGUUUCAUCCCACAGGCCAGAAGACUAUUAAACACCUGAACUCUGUAAAGAACAUCCAUAACAUUCAUCUGGCUGCAAUUUACUAAUUAUUUAUCUAAUAUAUCAUAUUCAAUCACUUGCAUAUAGACUGUUAUUGCGCACAAUUUAUUUUCUGUGUUAUUGUGUUGCACUGUUGGAGGAGCCUAUGACCUAAGAUUUCCAUGGACAUACACUGUGUACGUAUGACUAAUAAAAGCCUUGAACCGCGAGUGGUGUUCACACCUGUUAUUAUUUUCCACAUGUUGAUAAAGUAGCUGUAGAACAUUUUCUAAAUCUCAGAAUUGCAACCAGGAGGCUGACACUGAUGUCUCCCCUCAGCUGAUGGUAAUGAUGACAUGAACAUUAGGCUAAGUUAUGUUGUCUGUUUAAGGCUGUAACUUCUAUUAAAGGUUUGCAGGGAUAUGUACUUGCUGUGUCACUGAUAGAUGAAAACACGUGUUAUGUCUCUCUAGUGACUAUGAUUGUAAGUGUAUGACUGUCUUCUCCAGUCCAGUGUUAGAGGCAGUUUGAGAGUGGUAGAUGAUUCCUGCUGGGAUUGACAUGUCAACAGCAAGGUCAUGUUUUUGUUUACAAAUAUUGUUCUUUAUUAAGCAUACUGCUGUACCUGAGAGCUCCUCCAGACUGAACUGUAUGACCUCGCGUCGCCAGACAUGUGCCUUUGUUAUUUGCAUGUUGUGUUUGUGUGACCUCUGCACAAGUGGACACUGGACACACGUUUUUUAAAAGUAUUCAUUGAUUGUAGUCAAAUCACUUCUUAAAAGGACGAAAUAAAAACUAUUUAGUG